AUGAGCAGAUGCCUGAUUCGGCAAGCAGCCUCUAGGUGGGGCAGCACCACCAGCUGCUUCCGAUGGGCAGCAGCGGCGGCAGCAGCAGCAGCAUCAGAGUCCGCGGCAAUGUCUGCUACGCUCCCCCUUCCUCCCUCACACUCCUAG